AUGACAACUUACUCACGUAUCUUCAAGAUUUUUUUCGAUCUGUGCGAAGAAAAGGAUGAUAUACCAUUGCUCGCUGAUUUUUUUGGAAGGCACAGUCAGCACAUAAAAGCUAACAUUGGCAAAGAUCAAGAUGAAGAAUAUAGCAAGCUUGCAAGUGCCUUUUUCAAGUACGCCAAUUCAAGAGGCAUAGAAGCUAAGAAGGGUGAUGCUAAGACAGCCUGGAAAAAGCAUAUCAAGCAGCAAGCAAGCAUUGCUAUGACAGCAACAACAACCAACAACAGAAAAAACAUGGUCUUAUGCCAAGAUUAUGGUAAAGAAGAAGGUGUCUUUGGUCGCUGGUCUGUUGGUGAUGAAGACUUGAUAAAAAAGAUGCUAAGAGAAAGUCAAUACUUGCUGCUUUCCUUUAUCUUGGAAGUGCCAGUUGCUGUUGAAGGAUUCUGCCUUGAAGCCAAAAACUUCAAAAAAAUAAGAAAAGCGCUCACUCCUGCCACAAAGAAGAAGCAAUUCGAGCAUGAAAUUCUAGUCAUGUUCAUUGACUUGAAGACACAAUGGGAGCUGGAGCAAGAAGAAAAAUAA